AUUUAAAAUAGAUAAACAAAGAAGAGAAGAGAAGAUAAAGAUACUAGUAAUAAAUAGAGAUUUCUCUCCUCCCACGAUAGGCAAAAGCCAGCGAGCCUCUCCUCUAUGAACUGAGUACAGCCUUCCCCCGUAUUCUUGCAGGCUUGCAGCAGUGAGGAUGGGCUGUCUAUCGUGGGUCUUGCCGAACCCACUCACCGGACCUGCAACACACUCCACCCACAAUCGCAUCCCGGUCGCCUUCAAUGGUCGGAAUCCAGUUCUUUCACCUUCUUGCCUAGAUGCUCCCAGUUGGUUCUCUCAAUCACCAUCGCCAUCUUCACAGAAAAACCUAAUCCUUCACAAAUCCUUCGUUUGCGCGACACUUGCUGUUUUGCUAUCCUCCCCUUCAGCUAAUGCAGGAUUACUGUCUGGCUCGGGUGGGAUAGAAUCAAUCCCUGGUCCAGAAUUACCUCAAAUCGACUUUCUCAAUCGCUGGAAUGAAGGAAAUCAGAAAAAGUAUGCGGAUUUAGAUACCAAAUUCAAAGAGUCUCCCUUGCUUAAACAGUUGAUUGAGAAGUCCAUUCUGAAUAAAGAGAAAAAUCGACAGGCGAUACAAGACAAGUAUUGUCUUCGUGGGGCUGAGUGGGGAGUGGGUGAUUGCUCUACACAAGGAAUGUCACCCGAAGAUAGGGAAAACUUCAUUUCCGCGUUGAAGCAGAAGGUGGGAGUAGUUGAUUAAUAGCAGCAGUUAUACCAUUUUUUCCCUCCAGUCGUUUGGGACCUAGCACGUAAGCAUUAUUUGCAGGGAAUCCCUAGCUCCAAGAAUGGGGCAAAGCAUGUAAAGACAUAAAGAUAUGAAUAUACAAAAAGUGGGGGAAAUCAAGGGAUCUUUCUCCAAUGUGCAUUAUCUGCUACAACUCUAUAAGAUCACCUACUUAUUCAAUUGAAUGAGGGCUUAUGGUCUUAAUUGCUUAAUUAUAUCUUAUUAAUCUGUGCAAUACUCAAUGAAAACAAUGAAUUUUAGUUUCUUGCAACUUACAAAUAUUAAAAUACCAGUCUACAUAGGAAAGCAAAUGCUAGAUACAUAUUUUUUGUGCAUAGUUUUUUCGGCCAAUAUGCAUGAGGACAGAUAUAAAAGCAUAUUUACAACUUCCCUUCAUGAACUA